UGGACGGGGAUGAAAGGCAACUCUCCCCUCCACCCGCCUCCCGCACACGCCUCAGACACAACACGCUCCCCUCCUAGCCUAAACAAGCGCUGAUAGAACCUGGCCAUCCGAUAUCACCAAUAGACCACGGUCUCCACUCCCCCGUUACCCCACCCCCAGCACAUAACACACAUCACAUUCCUAUGGACAGGCACGUGCAGACAGAUAAAUGGAUGGCCCUGUGGUUAACAUUCUGGUUUAUACCUGAAGAAAUCCAGCUCCUGUUCCCCAGUCUACCUUAGACUUCCUGAUUGUGCUCUGGAACCAAGCUGUUAAGCCUGUACCAUGGAGGACUGCCUUCAUACUUCUUCUGAAAAUCUCUCCAAAUUGGUUAGCUGGGCCCACAGUCAUGGGACUAUCUGCAGCCUUAUUCCAAAUCUAAAGCACCUACUGUCUGAGGGUUCCCAUGGCAACCUGACUGCCAUGUGGGGCUGUAGCGCAGGCCAUGCCUAUCACUGGCCCUUGACAGCAACCUGUCGAGCUGGCUCACAGGAACGAGUUUGUUUCCAGGACAACCGAAGCUUCAACUCGGACAGUCCCAGCAUUCUUGGUGUACCUUCAGAUGCACAAACAAGCCCAGUGGAACGGUACUCUGGGAGGCCAGGGAAAGCAAAACUGGACUGCAACAGAGCCAGAGACUCCUGCGAUUUCUCCUACUGCAGUGAACCUUCUGAAUUAGAUGAAACUGUGGAGGAAUAUGAAGAUGAAGCCACUCUUUUUGACAUGGUCUGUGAAUCCUCAGUGACAGAUGAAGACAGUGAUUUUGAACCACAUCCUCAGAGAUCUCAAGCUAGUUCUCGGAAAAGACCAGGCCCGGGUCCCACUUCCUCAUUUCAUUCAGGCUCCCGCUCUCAGGUCAUUGAUGGCAGCAGCAAUGAUGUGCUUGUCAAAAAAAUCAAGCAAGAACUCCCUGAGGACUAUUACAUUGUGGCCAAUGCAGAAAUUACUGGUGGCGUGGAUGGGCCUACAUUAUCCUUGACCCAGAUGUCAAAACCGAAAGCUCAUCAUGGAGCUUCCUUCCCUGGGGCACCGAAGCCCACUUCCCAUCCUUCACCUUCGCUCAGUGCUGAAUUUGACUUGCAAAGUGUUUCUGCCUCGUCACCAGUCAUGACCAGGCCAGCAGCUCAGAAGCCUCAGAAAGUGAGUUUGGCUUCUCCAGGUCGAGGGCCGGGUAGCAGCACCCCUGCAGUCAACCCUCAGGGAGCCCUCCAGAUGCCUGCUAGCACUUCCAAUGCUGGCAAACCAAUAAGCAUUCCUUUAUCAGCCUUGCAAAUCCCUGGGCAAGAAGAACAGGUAGUUUCUGAUGAUCUCCUCCAGCCAGUGACCACUCAAGUACCCAAUGAUGUAGCAUUAUCUCCUUCUGUUAGCACAGAGCCGGAAGUUAGCUCGAGUCAGCAGCAGCCAAGCACGGCACCAGCCCUGACCACUGAGCCAGUGGCACAGACAAUACCAGACCAAGAUGAGAGAGCUGCAGAACUGAGCAGAGAGCAAAAUGAAAAGACCAUACGGAGUACCCAGACAGCUCUGCGCAACUUUCGAGAGUUUCUUAUCUCAAAGUAUCCCUCAGAAACCAGAGAGAUCUACAUUAUUCCUUGCAAAGAGCUGGAUGCUUAUCUAGCAUCAUUCUUUGUGGAUGCCCGCCAGAAGGAUGGUUCAGAAUAUGAGCCAAAUAGUUUGGCCAACUACCAGUGUGGGCUGGAGCGCUAUCUCAAGGAGCACCGAUAUGGAUACAGUAUUACUAGGGAUAAAGAAUUCAAGAGGUCUCAAGAAGCGCUGAAGCAGAAGCAGAUUGAGCUGAGAUGCAAAGGGAAAGGCAACAAACCACAUAAGUCAAUGAAGCUUACCUUUGCAGAUGAACUGAUCCUUCGCAAAAGAGGCCUGCUGAGCCGAUACAAUCCCGAGGGUCUGCUGAAUCUUGUCUGGCUUAAUAACACCAAGGCAUUUGGCCAUUGCACAGGCUUUCAUGGGUCCACCCUCAAAUGGGGAGAUAUUAGGCUUCGGGUGACAGAGACUGGACUGGAAUAUUUGGAAUGGAUGGGUCAAGAUGGUGGUGAUGGGAAUGCCAAAACCAAGAGAGCAGGCACAGAUUCCAGAGUGUAUGCAACACAACAUGCCCCACAGACCUGUCCCGUGCAAGACUACAAGGAGUAUGCGCAAAGGCGUCCCCCGGCAAUGCGGUAUGAGGAUGCCCCUUUCUACUUGUCCAUUAAGCCAGUUGUCAAUCUAGCUGCACUUCACUGGUACAAUUGUCAGGCCUUAGGUAAAAACAAGCUGGCCAAGAUGGUCAAGACCAUGUGUGAGAAGGGGAACAUCCCUGGUAGGAAGACCAAUUUCAGUGUGUACCAGAGUUGCAGCACCCUCUCUGAAGCUCAAAGUAACCAGCUGGUGCUAAUCUGUAACAAUUUAAGCCAACAAGCUGCUCAGUCAAUGGCGAACCAUUCUAGUCCUGGCAACUUCAUUGUGUCUGCCUCUUAUGACUCAUCCUCAGACACUGCUUGAAAGGCCUCUACUUAUGAACACUUUGCACUUGAAGCUUUGGAUCUGUGCCCAGUAAGAUGCAUCAACUGUAAUCCUAGAGUAUCCUUC